AGCAGCAGCAGCCCCGGCCGAGAGCCAGAGACUCGCUUGUUCUGAGCUGACCUAAGCUAAGCCUGCCGGUUUCUUCUUUGCUGCUGCUGCCGCCGCCGCCGCCGCCUGCUGCUGCUCCGACUGCUGCAAAGUCGCCCGCCCGCUUGCCUGCCUGCCUGCCAGCCAGCUGGCCAACCAUGGGUCACUCCGGAGAGCCGGGCCUCAUAGCCAACGUGGUGAACGACACCUUGGAGUUCUACCGCUGGUCCUGGACCAUCCGAGAUAAACGUGUUGACAACUGGCCUAUGAUGCAAUCUCCUUUUCCAACCUUGAUAAUAAGCACACUUUACCUUCUCGCUGUUUGGCUUGGGCCUAAAUGGAUGAAGACAAGGGAACCUUUCCAGUUUCGCUUUUUGUUGAUUUUUUACAACUUUGGAAUGGUCCUACUUAACUUCUAUAUUUUCAAAGAGCUAGUUUUGUCAUCAAGAGCUCGAGGAUACAGCUAUAUCUGCCAGUCUGUGGAUUACUCAGAUAAUGAAUAUGAAGUUAGGAUAGCAGGAGCUUUAUGGUGGUACUACAUAUCAAAAGGGAUUGAGUAUCUGGACACAAUAUUCUUCAUCCUAAGAAAGAAAUUUAAUCAAAUCAGUUUUCUUCAUGUCUAUCACCAUUUCACUAUGUUUACUUUAUGGUGGAUUGGCAUCAAAUGGGUUGCAGGGGGACAAGCAUUUUUUGGAGCUCAUAUAAAUGCUUUAAUUCAUGUUAUUAUGUACAUGUACUAUGGACUAGCUGCCUGUGGCCCAAAGUUCCACAAAUACCUUUGGUGGAAACGAUACUUGACCAUAAUGCAAUUACUUCAGUUCCAUGUGACUAUUGGCCACACCGCCCUGUCUAUUUAUAUUGAUUGCCCCUUUCCUAAAUGGAUGCAUUGGGGCGUCAUUUUCUAUGCCGCCUCUUUUAUUGUUCUGUUUGGUAACUUCUACUAUCGGACAUACAAGAUGCCCAAGCAACCCAAGGAGCUCAAGCAAAAAGAAAAGAAUGGCAAGAUCACCAACGGCGUAAUAGCAAAUGGUAAAAGCAAACCAGAAAACGGUGCGGUUAUGGAAAAUGGAAAAGUGCAGAAGAAAGCCAAAGGAGAGUAACUUGAUUCAAGCCUUAAACAUUGCGAGCAGUGAGGAUUCUUCAAUCUGAUAAUAAAAGAAAAGUCCUGUCUUUACCAAUUGACCUUUAGGUUGUUGAAGAGAUAGAAAACAUUAUUUAUGAAGAUUGUUUUAACAACAAAAAUCCUAUUGUAAUUAUGUAAUUAUUGAGAUUCGUUAACUUUAUGUAAACUUUUAGACUGCGGGUGUUGGUAAUGUAAGAAAAAAAUUACUGAAAUAUUCUUUACUGUCAAUCCAGUGGUUAAAAUUGCAAUUAACUAUGGAUGCAAUUGAUUUAUUGAAACAGACAUCUUUUUGAAAAAGAGAGCUUAUAAAUUCUACCAUUUCUAAUCAAUGUUUUAAGCAAAAA